ACCACCCCUCCGGGAGCAGCUCCUGGAAUAGGCUUGUCGCUGCUAGGCACCCAGACACCAUGGGGAAGCUAGUGGUGCUGACCUUGCUGGGGGCCAGCUUGGCCUUAAUAGGGGAGAGGCUUCUGACCUUGAGAGAAAGACUUAGUUCAACACGGGAGAUCAAGUCCACAGAACCUCAGCACUGCCACCUGAUUGAAGGCCUCGAGAAUGGCUCUGAAGAUAUUGAUAUACUUCCUAGUGGACUGGCUUUUAUCUCGACUGGAUUAAAAUAUCCAGGCAUGCCAAAUUUUGCACCAGACAAACCAGGAAGAAUUUUCCUGAUGGAUUUGAAUGAACAAAACCCAAAGGCACAAGUGCUGAAAAUCAGUAAUGGAUUUGACAAAGAACCACUAAACCCGCAUGGGAUCAGUACCUUCGUCGACAAAGACAACACCGUGUAUCUUUAUGUUGUGAACCAUCCUCACAUGGAUUCUACUGUGGAAAUAUUUAGAUUCGAAGAACAACAGCGUUCUCUCAUCCACCUGAAGACUAUAACACACGAACUCCUCAAGAGUGUGAAUGACAUUGUGGUUGUUGGGCCAGAGCAGUUUUAUGCUACAAGAGACCACUACUUUACCAGCUACUUCUUGAUACUUCUGGAGAUGUUCAUGGACUUUCAGUGGACUUACGUUCUUUUCUACAGCCCAAGAGAGGUCAAAGUCGUGGCCCAAGGAUUUAGUUCUGCCAAUGGAAUCACAGUCUCACUAGAUCAAAAGUAUGUUUAUGUAGCUGAUGUAAUGGCUAAGAACAUUCACGUAUUGAAAAAACAUGAUAAUUGGAAUUUAACUCAAGAGAAGGUAAUUCAUUUGGGAACAUUGGUGGACAACUUAACUGUGGACCCUGCCACAGGAGACAUUUUGGCAGGAUGCCAUCCUAACCCCUCAAAGCUACUGGUUUACAACCCUGAGGAUCCUCCAGGGUCAGAAGUACUACGCAUCCAGGAUGCCUUGUCAGACAAGCCCAGGAUUCACCUUUAAUUUUUAUUUCUGUGUCUAUGGAUGCCAAGUAUGUGUGGAGGUUUCAGAGUCCAGGUAUCAAAUCCCUUGGAGAUGGAGUUACAAGUAACUGUGGACAGACCAGUGUGAGUGCUGGGAAGAGAACUUCGGUCCUUUACAAGAGCAGUAUACAUGCUUAACCACUGAGCCCUUUCUCCAGCUCUGACAGAAACUCGCAUGGCCACCCUGCAGAGACUGCUCAGUGGUUAAGAGCACUGGCUGAGGGCACGGAUUCCAAUCCCAGCACCCACAUGGCAGCUCACAACUGUCUGCAGUUCCAGGAGAUCCAACACCCUCACACAGACUUGCAGGCAAGCAAAACAUCAUUGCAUAUAAAAUAAAAAUAAGCAAAUCAUUAAAAAAGUUUAAAAAAACUAAAAAAAAUUAAUGGUCACCCUGUUUAUAAUAAAAUCUUGAAAUAAAGGGAGAUUCACAGAACUACAAGGAUGAAAAUAUAAAUAAACUCUCAUAAUAGAGCACUGA